AUAUGCAUCGUCUCUAGAAGACGAUAGCUGCUCAAAAUGCUGUGAUCGCAGUCUUUCCAAAAAUGUUGCUAACUCCCAACCCCCAUCUGUCCACUCCCACCAACUACCGAGGUAGAGUGUCUAGAUCAUCCAACCUCACAAACCAACUACUGCCAGACUACACAAUCCCCAUUCCGAAGGUGCCCCCACAUACUGCAGCUGCGUUCUGUGUGUGCCCGGACGGGUCUAAGGCACUGGUGGCUUGCAAGAGUGUCAUCUGUCUGCAAAAUCUGCUAGACGGACAGAAUGCCACACAAUCCUUUCCCAGGAAACAUCUCAGUUUCGACGUGUCUAUUGCGAAAUUCAACCCCCUCAAUUUUAACCAGUUUCUGAUCACGGCCAAUCUGGGUGUAGAUCUCUACCAGAUAACCGACAGCAGUUUAGAUCUAAUCUACUGCAACAAAAAUGCACACAACCGAUACAUAAACGACAUAGAUUGGAACUACAGCAACCGGAAUCUGUUUGCAACGGGGUCCAGAAACGAGAUCGGUUUCUGGGAUGUCAGAGGAGACAAGGUAGUCCAGGUGAAGGGACUUCCAGGGACAUUGGCAGGUGUCUCCCAGCUGAAGUGGUGUCGCCUGGACUCAAAUGUGCUGGCAGCUGCCCAGGGCAAUGAUAUAAAACUGUGGGACUUCAGAAAUCUAAACCAACACCUGUUUGAAUUGACAGCAGUUCAAACGACCAGCAUACAUAUUCUCAAUUGGUCUUCUCUUGAGAACACGAUUCUUGUGUCAGGAAACGAAGACUUCUCUGUCAAAAUAAUCGACCUCACCUCCCAUCUAUCUUGUGAGAACUAUACAGUAGCAUCAGUGGCUCAACCUCAAUCUGAGUCGUUCAGUGAGGCACUCAGACUGGCUAAGAAAAUGAACUCUGCUCACGCUGUCGAGCCUAAAUUAGUAUUCGAUAAAAACCCAGUUAUGAAGGCCAAAUUCACCCCUUUCGCUAGAACGUUCACAACUUGCGAUAAAUACGAAAAUGUGAUCAGACUCUACAGUUAUGAAGAUGUUGAUCAGUACGCUUUGCAAAAGUUUGACGCGGAAUCUGGGAAAAUUGUUGAUUUCGAGUGGAUCUCACAUCAACAAAAGUAUCAACUAUUUAGUUUCAGCUCGGACAAAAAAGUCAGGUGUUGGACACCAUCCAGAGAUUUACUGGACUCUCUAAAUGUGAAUGCACGAAAUGGGUUCGAUGGCGAUGAACUUGUUUUUGACGAUGACAUAAAAAUGCCUGAAGAUGGUUAUGUUAACAAUGUGGGGAUUCCAGCCACUGCGAUUAUUCCACCUAGCUUGUAUGGCGACGGGUCUUCAAUUAGCAGCUCUUCACCUGUGAAUACUGCUGCUGGAAAGGCGAGUUCGAUGGAUCUGUCGUUCAGAAAGGAUAAGCGCUUCAGUGAAAACCUACCGAUAUCCCCGACUCUUCAAGACGAGAGAAAGGACAGCGAGGGUUUCUUGCAUUGUUCCGAUUACCACACGUACCAAUCGCCGAAUGGCAGGAUAAAACUGUUCCUUGAAUGUCGGAAAAGCAACCGAUCAAUUCUAGUGACAGUCCAAAGCUGUCUCUCCUAUUCUGUCGCCUUUUCGCUGUCAAUAGAUAUAAAUAAUGAGAUAGAUUGCGACUUCGAACCUGUACAGCCACAGCUAGCUCAUAAAUUGAGCUUGGCAUCGCAGAGAAAGCAAAGCGAAGUAGACAAAAUAAAACCCUUUAUAAAAGACAACAUAAUCAAAGUGUUCAAAUCGGAAAAAGAUUUGCUGAAGAUUGAAGAUUUCGAAUAUAAUUCUCAAAAUCUGGGAGUGUUGAUUGCGGACGCAGUAAUGUCUGCAUGCAGCUUGUUCACGAAGAGUCUUGGGGGACAACAGAGGGACCAGGACUGGAAGAAUAUCCCAUAUCCUAAGACAUCCGGUGCUCGUUUCGCUUUCUCAGGUGGGCGUUUUUCUGCCGGUAGAUUAGUUAUCUUCACCCAAUCUGUGCAGCAACAGAAACAGUACAACAUCUUACCAACUGCAGACAAGAAGACACCCUCUAGUCUAGCUGAUUAUUACAACUCUCGAAAUUCAGCGCUCAAGUUCACCCAAAUUUCAGUCAUUUGUCAGGAAGUUCCGCAGUUGUUUGCAGUAGACCCAGUGCUUGCACGUGAUUAUAAAGUGUUCUCGGAAGAGCUCUCGAGAACUGAAAUUUGCGAGUACAACCGAGACCUCUGCUCCAAGUUUGGGAAAAUGGAUCUGGCUAAUUUGUGGGAUGUUUUGUCGAGUGUGAGCAAUCUAAUGCAUCAGUUUGAAACGGGAGUACAAGACGCGUUUUUGAUGUCGACGUUUCCUCUUGGAAGACCACUUGUAGAGCACUACGUCGAGUAUUAUCUCAAAGUUUGUGAUAUACAAACAGUGGCAAUGAUAGUAAGUGUUCUUUUUGAGACAAAAUUUGAUAAGAAAACAGAGCAGUCGUGUCGUCAGUCAUCAUCGGAUCACUUGGUUUCUGAAACUGUAACAUAUAUUAAACCAGACAUGAGUGAAGUUAAAACGGGAAGUCCAGAGCUGGAGUUGGAAACCUCGAUGUCAUCGCCGUCUCUCAAGAAGAAACAGCCGAAAGUGUCCGUGUGUAGUGUGGAGUUCCCGGAACAGUUCAAAAGGGACGAUCUGACUGUGGGAGAGCAUUUCGAGCUAUCUCAGUUAUGUGAAUCGCCAGAUGAUAGGAGAUUUCACGAUUAUCAAAGUAGAAAGGAAGAGAGGCGGAAACAAUCAGCAGUCUCUAAAAGCUCAAAGUCGAUCACGUUUGACAUCGGAGACACCUUGCCCUAUUCUCAUCUUAACACUACGAAAAGUGAACACAAACACGCCAACGUGAAUGCUUAUGAAGUCGACGUUGUUACAGAUCCGCCUUACGAGUUGGACACAACUUGUUUGGACUCCAAGCAGCAGUCUAGAUAUGACAUCUUCAAAGGCAUGUAUGCCGACAUUCUCUACCGAUGGGAGUUUUACGUUCAGAGAAGUGAGUUGGUCAAGACCAUGAGAACGCAUUCGAAAGUCGCCAACCGCGGAUCAGUUUUCACAAAACCAGUGAUGUCAGGCCCGCUUGUUUCAAAUGAAGUCGAUUACACAGAUCUAUUCAAGGUCGAGUUUAAAGUAUGUGACGCACCACAAACCAUAGCAGACACUAAAAGUCAGGUGACGAAAAAAGCAGGAGGUGUUUUCCAGUCUCCCUCGUUUAACGACGCCAGUUUAAUACAUUCAAAGCACAUGUUAGAGACGUUCAACCAAACAGCAGCUGCUAGGUACCGCGGAAGUGAACCGAAUGUCAUAGUGCCCAACAGAAACUCAAUGGCAGUUAAUUUGAGUACGGUUCCUCGUGUUUCAAAUAGGUACUUGACGAAGUGUGAAAGUGCGGAUGUACCGAAGUCGCCCAGCAUCACUGUCUUGGAUUCGCCCAAGAGAACUAUGAACAGUGACUUUCAGUGUGUGAUUUGUCGGAGGGAGGUGAAAGGUCUGUUCUGUGUGUGCUUCAAGUGUGGCCAUGGGGGACACCACAGCCACAUGCAGCAGUGGUUCUCCUCCGAACAGGGCCAGAAUGGACACUGUCCCCUCUGUGGACCCGACUGCCUGUGCUCACAACUAACCCUCUAACUAAUCACCACCCCCAUAUCCUCCAUAUAUACAAUGGACAUAUGUAACAGUCGUACUCAUUAGCACAAUAGAUGUCAUGGAUAGUACGUGUACUGACUGAUACUUGUCACGUUCCAAGUUUAUUCAUCAGACUCGAAAAAACCAGUCUAUAGCACUCAGGAUUGCUAUAUUUUACAACUGGAGAUCCGAGAAAAAUGUAUGUCCAGUCAACUGUCAAUUUUGCGAUCUUCUGGGAUACAGAACGGGAAAUUAGAAUGGUAAUAGUCAAACCGUAAAAACAUGACGGCGUAAAGACGCGAAAGUUAGGAAUGAUACCCUGAUCAAUCUUUGUCGCGGAAAGUUAUUAUGAUUAGUUGAGAUAAAUAUAUACUGAAAUGAUCUAUCAUUUAAACAGAUGUAAAAAUUCAAAUGCUUAUUUAUGCUUGCAGCUAGCAGGCGUUGCCAAAUCGGUACAAAGACUUUUUCUGACAAACAACUUUUAUUUGUACCAACAUACUCAAUUUCUGGAACAUUAAAAUUGAACUACUGGUCACUAUUAGUAAUAACUAACUACAGGUUGUCUUGAAUGUGUACUCAUUGUAUUGGUAAUAAUUUUUCCAUUCAUCUACUCAUGCGGCUUUCGUCUCAUUUUGUUGCCGGCUAGUUGUGAUGUAUUGCAAGUGGCAUGAAGCUCCGCCUCGCUUGUGGAAUAUUUUAAACAAAUUAUAGCUUAAAUUUUCUACGCAAGUUUAUUUUUUUGUGCAGGCUGGAGGUUUUUGCAGGCUAAAGAGAAAAGUUACUCUGAAAGAUGGAAAUAAAUAUCAAUACUAGACUAAAGAAUAUGUGUGUUGAAAUUAUGAAAGAAGUGGGAUUAAUAUUAUGCCAAAUGGUACAAUGUAAAAUAAAUCAAUAAUUAUGAAGUUUCAAUGAAUGAAAUUAAGUGGUAAUUAUUUUUUAGGUAAAGUUUAUCAAGUGAAUUAAUAAAAAUUGUUCACGCGCACGUCUUCCUUUAACGGUGUGAAUUUUGACUUUUGUUCGAAAGUUGAUAAAUGGAAGCCAAAAAUCGC